CCGCGCCGGGCCUGCCCGCCGCGCACGCCUCUUCCUCCUCCUCGUGCCCCUCCUCGGCGCCGCGCUCGCCCGUGCUCGACAUUGCGCCGGCGCUGCAGCUGCCCGUCUUUGCGGCGCCGGCGCACGCCGUGCGCGUGCUCGACUCGCCCGCCGCCUUCUACGCCGCGCUGCAGCGCCUCGUCAGCGAGGCGCACGAGCACGUCUUUCUCGCCAGCCUCUACCUCGGGCCCGGCGAGGCGGGUGUGGUGAGUCGAUGCUGCGAGAGAGAGAGAGAGAGAGAAGCGCAGCCAUAUGUUGUGCGCGCGCGUGUGUGCAGGCCGGGCUCACCCCUUGCCCGCGGCCCAGAUUGCGGCGCUGCGCGAGGCGCUGCGCCGCCGUCCGCACCUGCGCUGCACCGUGCUGCUCGACUACCAGCGCUCGACGCGCGAGGGGGCCUAUGUGCCCGGGCAGCGCCGCAGCCACUCCAGCGCCUCGCUGCUGGCGCCGCUCGUGCGCGACUUUCCCGCGCAGUGCGAGGUGCGCCUCUUCCGUGCGCCGGGCCUGCCGGCGUGGGCGGAGCGCAUGCUGGGCAAGCGCCUCGUCGAAGGCUGGGGCCUGCAGCACAUGAAGUGCUACGGGCACGAGGGCACGACGCUGUGGAGCGGCGCCAACCUCUCGCGCGACUACUUCACCAACCGGCAGGACCGCUACAUGACGCUCGUGUCGCGCGCCCUCAGCGCCUACGCGCGCGCGCUGCUGCUGCUCGUCGCGCGGCAUUCCUACCUGCUUUGCUCGCCCGACCCACCCCGGCGUGUUGGCGGCGGGCCACUCUCGCCGCCGCCGCCGCCGCCGCACGCGGCGCCCGAGGAGCACGGCGCCUACACGCUCGAGUGGGACGGCGGGCGCAAGGCGCUGCUCGUCGAGGGGCCCGAGGGCACGAUCCAGCGGCGCAGCAACGGCGACAUGGCGCCCGCGCCCGGCGUGCCCGAGCAUGGCUGGCGCCGCAGUCUCGGCCGCGACGUGGCGGCGCUGACGGCGCGCUGGACGGCGCUGGCACGGCGGGCGCAGCCGGCACCCGACGCCGUACGCAUCACGCCGCUGCUGCAGAUGGGCCAGCUGGGCAUCGCGCACGAGACGCGCGCGGCGCCGCUGCUGCUGCCCGCACUGGGCAGCUCGGCACGCCUGGCGCUGACGUCGGGCUACUUUGGCCUCUCGCGGCCCUGGGCGCAGCUGGUGCUGCGUGCCCAGGCGCCGACGCUCGUCCUGGCCGCCGCGCCGCGCGCCAACGGCUUCUUUGGCAGCAAGGGCAUCAGCAGACACCUGCCGCCGGCGUACACGUGGCUCGAGCGGCGCUUCUGGAUCGCCCUGGGCCGCCGUGGGCGGCGCGGCGAUGGCGAAGCACACGGCGUGCGCAUCGUCGAGUGGGAGCGUGAAGGGUGGACAUACCACGCAAAAGGCAUCUGGCUGGCCCCGGGCGCCGGCAUGGCGCCGCAGCACACGCUCAUUGGCUCGUCCAACCUCGGACGCCGCUCGGCACGGCGGGAUCUCGAGGCCUCGUUGCUCAUCUCGCUGCCCGACGAGACGCGCGCCAACAGCAGCAGCAGCGACGACGAGGCCGCCCUGGCCAAGCUGCGCUCAGCCCUCGACGCCGAGCUGCGCAGUCUGCGCAAGCACGCCACGCAGCACGUCGACGCGGCCCUCUUUGCGCGCAAGGAGCGCUACGUGCACCCGGGCGUGCGCGUGGCGGCGUGGUGCAUACAGAGUCUGCUUUAGAGAGGGAGAGAGAGAGAGAGAGAGAGAGAGGCAUUCGUCAUUGCGCUUGCCCCCCAUUCGUCCAUCUGAGUACGGGAGCGUGGCGUGAGAAAGGGCGGAGUGGGCAGAGGCUCAGAAGCCGUCUUGCGUCUUUCGAAGGCGCUGGUGGAUCUGCCUGUGUGGCGGGAAAAGACGGGGG